AUGGAUCAAAUGAAAAAGUGAGUUUUUCAAAAUAAAAUUACAAAGUUUUGAGACAAAAAGUUCUUUUUUUUCCAGGAAAUAUGGAUUGAUUUUGAAAAAUAAGGAGACAACAGAAAAAGUUUUGAAAAAAACUGCAGUUUUUGGAGACGAUGAUGAAGAAGAUGAUCGGAAUAUUGUCAGUAAUUUUUUUAAAUUCACUAGUUAAAAUUUAUUAUUUCAGCCUGUUACAUCGACAAAUAUGUCAUCAGCAUCUGUUAUUCGAAUUCAAAAAGCAGCUGAACGUGAACAUCAAAAAGCACAAGCUGAAGAUCCAUCGAUUUUUGAUUAUGAUUCAAACUAUGAUGAAAUUCAAUCAAUAAAAAAUGAGAAGAAAGAAGAAUCGAGAAAGGCGGAUAAAAAUCGAGAAUCGAAAUAUGCUGAAAAUAUUAUAAAAGCCCACGCGAGAAGACAAUUAGAACAAUUUAGUCGAGAAGAAAGACAACAAGCGAAAGAACGAGUUCAAGAAGGCGAUGAAUUUGCGGAUAAAGAGGUUUUUGUAACUGGAGCAUAUAGAAAACAACAAGAAGAUGUGAAAAAAUAUCGAGAAGAAGAAGCCGAAGAAGCUAGAUUUAAUGGUAGGUUUUCUUUUUAAAUUUUUUUACAAUUUAUAUUGAUUUUUUGCAGAUAUGACAAGUGUUCAAAAGCAAAAACUUUGGCAAGUUGGAUUUGGCCAAACUCUUCUAAAUGAUAUUUCUCGAGAUCCAACAGUUAUUAUGAAACGAAAAAAAGAGCAGAAAAAUACACGAGCUCGAUUAGACUCUUCGCCUUCACCAACAAGAGAAAAACCGACUGAAGAAAUCAAGAAAAAAUCAAUUUAUUCAGAUGAUGAAGAAGAGGAAAAGGUGGAAGACAAACCACCGAAAAAAAAUUUUGAAGGAGAUUUGAAGCCGGGAUUGAAUACGGUCACGAAAAAAGCGAAAACUCGCGCAGAACAAGUUCGAGGAAAUUUUACACCAACUCCAUCUUCUUCGGAAGCUGAAAAUAGUGAUGAUGAGGAUGAAAGAAGAGGGAGAAGAGGAAGAAGUAAAUCAGAUUCAAGAGAAAGAAGAGGGAAAUCAAAUAAAAAAGAAGAAGAGGAAAAUGUGGAUAUUAAACAUGAAGUUGUUAAACCAAAAGUAAGUUUUUUGUAGAGAAGAAAUUUGAAAGUUUUUUGGGUUGAUUAAGGUUUGAAAGAAAAUUUUAUCAAAAAAAAAAUUAGGAAUAAACAUUUUUAAGCAGAAUUUAACAAUUUUUAAGGUAAAUUUUUUGAAAAACUUCAAUUUGUUAUCCAACUAAUUUUGCAAUUUUUUUCUAAAUCCUCAAAUUCCCCACAAAAACCACAAUAACAACCAUAUUUCUAGAUGUCGCUGAAAGAAAAACUGAAACCGAAAAAAAUCGAUAAAGAAGCUAGAUUGGCGGGUUUGAAAGAAAUUCUGAAACAAAGGAAUACACCAGAACAAAUCGAGGAAAUGAGGUAGUUUGUUUUUGAAAUUUGAUAUUUUCAUAAGUUUUUAUUUCAAAUAUUUUCAGACAACGGUAUUUCGAACGAAGGGAUUCUGGUUUGGUUGUUCCGCCUUUAUAA